AUGAACGUCCACACAACAGCGAUGCUGCUGGCUCGGCUGUCACAGAACAACGCACUCUUCCCAACCGCCCGAGGGAAUCCAUCUCAAAACCGGCUACGGUUGAAAAGCCUCUCCCGCAAGCCCAACGCACCAAUCCACCUGGCACUCUCCCUGAAGCCAUCCGACCCGGAUUUUCCCUUCGAACUUGACGGCUUGCAAUGUACCCUGACUGUCCCGACGUCCUACCCUGGAAAUGGAGCGCCCACAAUCCGAGUCACAAAUGCUGAGAUGGCACGAGGCUACCAGAUCAACGUUGAAAGAGGGUUCGACAGCCUCGUCGAGCGGUCGCCUGGAAAGACACUGUUGGCCUUGCUCAACGAUCUGGACAAAAAUCUCGAGAAGUUCUUAACGGCGGAAAGGGCAAAGACCAUUAAGAUUGUUGUAAACGCCAACAAGAGCGCCAAGGUCCCCAAUCCCGUCGACCAAGCGGCUCCCAAUCCCAUUCCGCCACCCACCUCGGUGAUCCCUCCACCCCCGGCCUGGACUCAACAGCAGACGGCCGAUGCGCUGGCCAAGAGACAGGCAGAUAUUCGUCAACUUGAAGCUCGCAUGGGUCAUGUCUCAGGCUUCUCCAGAAGCUCCGAUGGAACAAGAUUUAACAUCCCCGUCCAAUUAGCAAAUUCUGGUAAACUUCCUCUGCCUUUACAGCGUUUCAAGGAAGUCACCUUGAUAGUACCGAAAAUGUACAACUUGGAGCACUGUACCGUCCAGUUGAAGGGGGUCACUGGUACGGAGGCGGAAAACGUCGUACUCGGCUUCUCAAAGCAUGCUCAAGAACAUCCCAACAUGACGCUGAUGGCGCAUAUCAACUACUUAAUUCAGAGCAUUCAUACAAUGGCUUCGGAGGCUGUCCAGAAGGCGACCUUGCCACUGACCUCUUCAGAGCCUCAACAUCCACCCUCCGAGCAGCCUACAGCUACGUUGGACGAUGAAGAAACAGAACCUGAGGCCAACAUACUGGACCCAGAGCGCCCGCACAUCAAGGUCAUCCCGCGGCCUCCAGAAUGGAACCGGCACCACUCACAGUCUGAGUCUGAGUCUGAGUCUGAAUCAUCCUACGCGUCUGACGACUUCACUGGCUCUGAAGCCGAAGAGGAAGAGGAAGACGAAGACGAAGAACAGGCUGAGCAAGGUGGUGCUACCCUUCCAGCAUCGUCAACAUCAUCGGAGAAGGGCAUUAUCCUUUUCUUCCCCAACUUAGAGAUCUACAACAUAGAGCUCUUAGCCCUCGUCUCUUUAUCGCUCUCGGUGAAAUGCCUGCGCUGCAAAUCUCCGUUGGACAUUGCCAACAUCAAGCCUAACAAUACGACCGACUCGACAAACACCCCAACCCUGGCUUCCAGCGUGCGCGCUGAAACCUGCCUCAAGUGUACUACUCCAUUCACCAUCUCAUACACUUCGAAUCUUUUACAUGCCAACUCGGUGCGCGCCGGCACCCUGGAGGUGACCGGCUGCACGAUCGCAGACAUGCUUCCCAGUGUUUUCCAGCCGACAUGCUCGUCCUGCUCGACGACAUUCCCUGUCCCGCCCGGGAUGAUCUCCGUCCGCGGUGAUACGCCCAUCCAGGUCUGCCGGGCCUGCCACGCCAAAAUGACCUUCACCAUCCCGGAAGUCAAGUUCCUGCGCGUGUCGCAUCCCACGGCGGCCUUACCAUUGCGCCGGCCCAAGAAAGAGUCCCUUGGCAUCUCCGCGGGCACGGCGCUACCCCGGAAUGGCGCGUGCUCACACUACCGCCACAGCUAUCGCUGGUUCCGCUUCGGCUGCUGCGGGCGUGUCUACGCGUGCGACCGCUGCCACGAUGCCGCCGAGGCCCAUGUAAACGAACACGCCGACCGUAUGAUCUGCGGCUGGUGUAGUCGCGAGCAACGCUUCAGAACUGAGGACUGUGGUGUUUGUGGAAAGAGCGUGAUUCGCCGCCGCAAGGGCGCCGCCGGGUUCUGGGAAGGCGGGAAAGGCACGCGUGAUAGAGGGCUGAUGAGUAGAAAAGAACGGAGGAAAUACAGACGGCCUCCUGGCGGGACGCUGCCUGCGAAGAAGAAGACUAAAGGGGGAAAGUAG